AUGAGCCGCCAAUACUACGACGACUAUGGCGACAGUCCCAUACCGGACUACUACACCGAGCAGCCCCCGCCUCCUCCGCGAACGAACCACCAAAGUCGCAUACCACGCCCCGAACACGCUGCCCAAGAUCCCAUGCGAAGUCCCCCGCAGAUGAGACCAGACCAGUAUCAUCCGGCCGCUGGGCCAAGUCCGAGAAGAGCGCAGGAACAAUACUACCCGGACCAAUCUGCGUGGGAUGCGUCGCAGCAUCUUUACGACGGCAGUGGAUAUGUGGACGAGUAUGGGCAGUACGAUCAAUGGCCUCUACCAGUCCAGGCGCAUACACCUUCACCUCGCAACAGCCCACGACGACCGCCUCAACGACCGCAACGACCUGAUGAAUCGCCGCAAAGACCUGAUCAUCGACAACCUGUCCGCGACCAACCUCGAAGUAGUCCUCAUGUAGCAGCUGCAAACCGCCAGUACCAUGCUCCUCCACCAAUGCCACAUCAUGGCUCAGGCCAAUGGAAUGGUGAUGGAUAUGAUUACGCUCCACCCGAUUAUCCUCCGCCGAAUCGUCCACUACCGCAGUCAAGAGGGCCAAUCGAUCCUCAGUCUGCUAUCCCACAAUAUGCACCACCUCAGAUACCUCAACAAGCAGUCUACGGCCAAGCAAAUCGACGACCACCACUCGGCCCACCGCCUUCGGCAAGAAAAGGUCCACCAUCGUACUAUCCCGCAUCUGGACCCGUACAUCCGAUUGUGGAAGAGACAGACAGCAUGCGAGGUAGUACGAGGACUGCAAGAACAGGCAGCGCGCAGACCGGUGGGCAUGAUAGCAAGAAUUCGUUUGCCAGCAGCAAUGCGAUACCGAUUGGGAUACCACAGUUCUACAUCGACAAUGGUGCAGCACGGCCAAGCACUGGCGAUCAGUCUUCCGUACCCGAAGACUUCGAUGACGAUUCUUCCAUAGAGGCUGCUACAGGUCGACGACUGGACAAGCUCGCAGAUAGAGAUAUACCGCGAGGACAGCCCAGUCCUGAGGUGCUCGUGAGGCAAGCAAGUGUGGGCAAGAAGAGCAAACCAACGUUGACGACAGUCAAGAGUGGAGACAGGAUGCGCAAAGUGAGCGGAGAGCAGGGCCUUGCAAGUCUACCAAGCCAGCAGGAGAGAAGGGCGCAACCCACGAUGGUCGAUAUCACGAACGGGCGUAGUCCAGUACGAGACGAUCCUACCACCUCAGGAGCCUCAGCAGACGAUCGGCAUGAUGAUGAACAGCAAGCUCGCAACGCUGCAGCCGUUGCGGCUGCUACUGAAUACAUGCACAAGUCUGAGCCAACACGAGAAGGCGCUGGGAGUCGAACGCCUGAGGAGAUUCUCAGAUCGGGAACUGGCCUCCUUGACCCUUCAUCUUCUGACGAGUCCGAAAGGGAAGUCAAGAAGAAGAGGUCGAGGGAGUUGCUGGGUUCAUCCAUCGCAAAUGAGUUGCACCCAACACGAUCACGCGCACGCUCUCCCCUUGCACCAGACAACGAUGAACGUGUCAAGUCGAUUCUCGAAAGCCUUGAGAAGGGCGGCGCCAUCAGUGCUAAGGACGCUGAGGAGUUGAAAGCCCCGACACCUGGCUUGUCCGAGCGCGCCGGCAGAAAGCGACCUCCACGGUUGAACGUUGAUGCUGUGCGCGAUGCAGAGGCAAGAGGGUCGUUGACUAGUCUGCCAGAUCUGAUCAGACGCGCUACAAAGCUGGCGUCCAAUCUCGAUCGCGGCAAGACGGCAAGUCGAAUGGGCAUGGCAAAUUGGCUGGACGGUGCAGAGCCCGGUGAGAAGAGGCGUUCUGGCAGUGUCUCCGACAUUCUCAACUCAUUCCCAGCUCCCCACAAUCAGACACCGCAUGCUUCUCGCGGAGACAUGUCGCGAUGGUCUUCACGGCUGAGGCAUUCGGCUCUUCCCAGUGAUAGUGACGCUGGGGAGAAGGAGAAGCCCAGGCGCAAGUGUUGCGGGAUGCCGUUGUGGUUGUUCCUCCUACUACUUCUGCUGCUGGUCUUGCUAGUAGCUGCCGCUGUCAUUGUACCGAUCAUGCUAGUCGUGGUACCCAAGCAGAACAGUGACCACAAAGCGAACACGGCGACUGCAUGCGAGAAGAAGCUAACAUGCGAGAACGGAGGCACCAACAUCCUCAGCAACAACGGCUUCUGCGAAUGCCUCUGCAUCAACGGCUACACCGGCCUGACGUGCUCCAACUACGAGCAACAGAGCUGCACAACCGCCUCCAUCGGCUCCGCCAACAACGCCACCGUCGGCGACGCCAUUCCUCGUCUGCUCUCAGGCUCCAACGCCAACUUCAGCAUCCCUCUCGACGGUCAACAACUCCUCGGCCUCUUCUCCAGCUCCGACAUGAGCUGCACCUCGCAAAACGCCCUCGUCACCUUCAACGGCGCCUCGUCCAAACACCGCCGCCGCGGCAGACGCUCUUACAUCGACGUCCUCAUCCCGCGAACCCCUACCCCGACCCUCGACGAACGCCAGCAAACCUCCCCAUCCCCCACCGCCACAUCCAGCAUCGGCAUCGUCUACGCCGAUGGCUCCCCAUCCUCAACCUCCUCCUCAUCCGCACCAACCUCCACCUCCACCACAAGCAUAAUCUCCACCCCGGUCGCCCUCGACUUCGCCCGCAUCGCCGUCCUCUACGUCUUCCAAGCCGCCGGCGACUUCAACUCCGCCGCCACGGCGCAAGAGAACUUACAAGACUACUUCCGGCAAGGCGACGACAACGAGGGUCAGACCGUCAACGCGACGAAUGUCAGUCUGGGGAAUGGGUUCGCGUGCGAUUUGAGGAGUUAUACGGUUGUGUUGGCGAAUGGGUCGAGGGUGGGUGGGAAUGGCGGUGGCUCGUCGUGA